AUGAGCAUCGACACGUUGCUGGAGGCCGCCCGCUACCUGGAAUGGCAAGCCGAGCGAGACCGACACGUCGAGCCUCUUCAAGCCGAGCCUCGGCGCCUCUCAUGCGAAGAGGAGCCAUUCAAGGUGAAAGCGUUCAUCAACAAGGCAGAGCCGACCGCACUGCAGCCGAUGGCAGCCAAUUGCACUUCCUCGCCUCCCCUUCAAGUGCCCAUCACCCUCAUCCCGAUGGCGCCGGUCAACACGGCGACGCCGGCUCCCCUGCCUCCGGCCAGUGGCCCUACCCGCUCCCCGCCACGGCCGCCGUGCCCCCUGCAAGUCAAAGGGGACGCUGCCGAGCGCUCACUGCCUCAGGUUGAUCUUCGGUACCCGCCACCCGUCUGUGGAAACGGGCCGGUCCACCCCCAGCCCGACCCAACGUCCCACGUCCGGACCAACGGGAUGACUCCUGACGAUGCCAGAGGAGGCGCCAACAGCAAGCGAAGGCCCGGAGGGGCAGGAACGAGAGAAGUCCACAACAAGCUGGAGCAGAAUAGACGCGCUCACCUGAAGGAAUGUUUUGAGAAGCUUAAGAAAAACGUCCCUAACGUGGACGACAAGAAGACGUCCAACCUCAGCGUCCUUCGCAGCGCUUUGCGAUACAUACAGACGCUGAAGCGGAAGGAGAAGGAGUACGAGCACGAGAUGGAGCGCCUGGCCCGCGAGAAGAUCGCCACGCAGCAGCGUUUGGCCGAGCUCAAGAAAGAGCUGAGUCAGCGCAUGGACGCUCUGGAAAUCGAGCGCGUCAUCCGACAGACCGUCCGGCCAGAAGACGACCAGGCGUCCACCUCAACCGCCUCAGAAGGCGAAGAUAAUCUGGAGGACGCCGAAGAGGAGGCCCCCGCCGUUCCCGCGCCCCUCCCGGUCUCGCAGGCGACCGCGGUUACACGACUGCCAGUCUGGCACGCGCCCCCACCCGUCGCCUUGCCGCCGGCUGCCCUGCCGGCGACCGGCGUCAUUGCCUGCACCGCUGCCCCCCGUCCCCCGGCGUCCCACCCAUCCGUCAUCCGGGCUGUCAGUCACGCCGUGCCGGCCAAUCACAAGCACCUCCCGCACAUCGCCCCCUCCCCGGGUCCCGCCCGGCCCGUCGGUCGCAUCGCGGUCCAUCCGGUGGCCCGCCUCGCAGCGCCCCUCCCAGCCCGCUUGCCCGCCUUGUACCCGCAGGGGGUGCCGGUGCCUCCGCCCGCCGUCAUCGCGCACACCUUUGCCCACCACGUGCAGGCUGCUCCCCAGCCUGGUGCCAACGUGGCCACCACAGCCAGCCAGCAGCAGGCGGCAGCACUCGGGAAACCCGCCGCUGUGCUGGCACCCCGCCCCCAACUGGUGGGCCAGGCGUCUGUUACAAUGGUAACAGUGCCCACUUUCCCAGUUGGCACACUCAAACUGGCUUGA